CGAUAUAUCCUGGCGCGGUAAACUCACUCGCGCGUUGUACAGCAUGCCAUACACAACCACUAUCCACGGUUAGCUCUUUUUUUACUACACGUGACCACGCCGUCUUAUUAAUCACACAUGAGAAGUAACAAACAACAGACUUUAUAACUGAAUGAGAAACAGGUGACGACUGGUAGAGUAAAGAGUUUAACGAUUUAUAUAUAUAUAUAUAUAUAUGUAUAUAUAUCUUAUAUAUAUAUACAUAUAUUUUUAUUUUAAUUAAUGCAAUUCUUGCUCUGUGGAUAGUGACGUGCCUCGGCCAUCAAGUGUCAGUGAUCGUGCUCAUGUUAAAAGACAGAAAAAAAUAAACUGUAAAGUGUUAAUUAACAAUAAUUAAUAAUAAUAAUAAAAUUUAAUAAAGUGAGGUGUGUUUUCAUUUGACUGGGUAAUGAUAGACAGGCAAGUGGAAACCUGGUGUGUACAAACAAUGACUGUCCAAGAGUUGAAACCCCGUGGGGGUGCUGAAGGUCAACCUAGAACAGGGGACAUUCUUUCACCGCCGGAAGUCCCAGAAAAUGAUAAAGAUUCCUUGUAUCGAGAGGUCUAUCCUCCUCAGGACAGUGAAAACCUUUUGGGGCGGGUGUUAGCUGAAUUCGAUGGCACGACUGUUUUAUGUCGAGUAUGCGGAGACAAAGCUUCUGGUUUUCACUAUGGAGUACACUCGUGUGAAGGAUGCAAGGGUUUCUUUCGGAGGAGCAUUCAACAAAAAAUUCAAUAUCGUCCUUGCACUAAAAAUCAACAGUGCAGUAUUUUACGGAUCAACAGGAAUCGCUGUCAGUACUGUCGGCUUAAGAAGUGCAUCGCUGUAGGCAUGAGUCGAGAUGCGGUACGAUUCGGCCGAGUGCCAAAACGUGAAAAGGCUCGAAUUCUAGCGGCAAUGCAACAGAGUUCACACAGUCGUUCCCAAGAGAAGGCAGUCGCUGCCGAAUUAGAAGACGAGCAACGUCUAUUGGCGACGGUGGUUCGCGCUCAUCUCGACACAUGUGAUUUUACCCGGGACAAAGUAACUCCAGUGCUUGCAAGGGCACGAGAGACACCCAAUUAUACGGCCUGUCCACCAACUUUGGCAUGUCCGCUGAACCCAAACCCGCAGCCUCUUACUGGUCAGCAAGAAUUGUUGCAAGAUUUUUCAAAGAGAUUUUCUCCCGCGAUACGUGGUGUAGUGGAGUUCGCAAAACGCAUUCCGGGCUUUAAUUUACUUGCCCAGGAUGACCAAGUGACCCUUUUAAAAGCCGGAGUGUUUGAAGUUUUACUUGUAAGGCUCGCGUGCAUGUUUGACGCCCAAACAAACAGUAUGAUUUGUCUAAACGGUCAAGUGCUCAAAAGAGAUUCCAUCCAUAAUAGUAACGCCCGAUUUCUUAUGGAUUCAAUGUUUGAUUUUGCUGAGCGCGUUAAUUCUUUACGGCUAUCAGAUGCUGAACUUGGAUUAUUUUGUUCUGUGGUUGUGAUUGCAGCUGAUAGACCGGGUCUUCGUAAUACGGAUCUUGUUGAACGUAUGCAUAACAAAUUACGUAAUGCGCUGCAGACUGUCUUGGCACAAAAUCAUCCUCAGCAUCCAGACAUUCUUCGCGAAUUGCUCAAAAAAAUUCCCGAUCUCAGAACUCUAAAUACUUUACACUCUGAAAAACUACUGGCAUUUAAGAUGACUGAACAACAGCAACAAUUGCAAGCUCAACAAGCGCAGCAGCAACAACAGCAGCAACAAGCGCAGCAGCAGCAGCAGCAACAUCAUCAUCAGCAACAGCAACAACAGCAGCAGUGGCCGAUGGAAGAAGAACCAACGGCUUCCUGGGGAUGUGCGUCAGAUGUUACUUUAGAUGAGGCAGUAAAAAGUCCAUUGGGAAGUGUCUCAAGCACUGAGAGCACUUGCAGUGGUGAAGUUGCUUCUCUGACAGAAUAUCAUCAUUCAACCCCCGGUCACCAUGCGUCCAGUGCGCCGCUUCUUGCUGCAACUCUUGCUGGUGGACUGUGUCCUCACCGACGUCGUGCUAACUCCGGUAGUACCAGUUCGGGUGACGAUGAAUUACACCGUACUAUAAUGUCUAAAACACCUCAACCACCUCAGUGUCCGCGGUUUCGUAAAUUAGAUUCGCCAAGUGACAGCGGAAUUGAAUCUGGUACUGAAAAACCUGAUAAACCGGCAAGCAGUAGUGCAAGUAGCGCGCCAACGUCAGUUUGCUCUAGUCCUCGUUCUGAGGACAAAGAAGUCGAAGACAUGCCUGUACUAAAACGAGUACUUCAGGCGCCACCUCUGUAUGACACCAAUUCGUUGAUGGACGAAGCGUACAAACCUCACAAAAAAUUCCGUGCUCUCAGGCAAAAAGACAGCGCUGAAGCUGAACCUGUUGUGGUUCAACAGCACACACAAUCACAAUUGCAUUUACAUCUUACAUCACCAGCGUCAAGAAGUCCGUCCGCAUUAAGCCAAUGCCCUCAGACGGCAAGUUUACUCAGUAGCACGCAUUCAACUUUAGCUAAAAGUCUAAUGGAGGGUCCGCGAAUGACUGCUGAGCAGCUUAAACGUACUGAUAUUAUUCAUAAUUAUAUAAUGCGCAGUGAAGCGAGUCCUAGAUCACCAGCUGCAUCACCGUCACCCGCGGAACAGUGUGCCUCUACAACGACGUUAAUUGCGCGCUCACCCCAACAAAAUCAAGGGUUACUUCAAUGUGCCACUGGGUACUCAAGGUGGCCGGCUACUUCUGUCAUUACCACGACCACGGGUGCUAGGCAACAAUUACAGCAGCAGCAGCAACAUCAGCAGCAGCAGCAGUCACAGCAGCAGCAGCAGACUUCCAAUUACCUCGUCGUCGGCACACCUUCCUCAUCACCGAGAUAUUUGUCAGCCGCUGCGACGAGUACAAGUUGCACGAGUCCAAAGCUCACCUCCAACAGUCCGACGACUUUGGUACUGUCCGGUUGUCCGAGCAAUAUGAUGGAGCUACAAGUGGACAUCGCCGACAGUCAACAACCUUUAAAUUUAUCGAAAAAAUCGCCGUCCCCUUCACCCCGACCUCUAGUUGGACCCUGCAAAGUACUGUCACUUGAAGCGUAGUGCUGUUAAAUAAAAUAUUUACUGACAUUCUCAUUGAGCUGUCAAGUAAUUGGUAAAUUAACAUCCAGUCACCCACCUAUAAUUUAAAAACAAUAAUUAAUAAACAAUUUAGUGGAUUUUUUUUAAAUCAUUUAAUUGUGAAAAAUAAAUAUGAAUAAUUUUUUAAUUAAUGAUUUUAAAAAAUAUUCGUAAAUAAAGUGCCAGGACGCUCAAAUUGCGCGUGACAAACCAAAUAAUUUAUUAUUAUUAUUUAAUAACUGAUAAUAAUUACGCGAUAAGAAAUUUUAAUUAAUGCGGAAGUAAUAUCAAUUAUCCGUGUGUGCCCCCCACCUAUUUGAUAGUGCUAAAAAAAAAAACAAAUAAAAAUAAUAAUAAUCAUCAUAAUAAAUAAUAAUAAGCAAAUGGUUAAACAUAUGAUCAAUGAUAAUUAAAGAAAUAGGGAUGGACACUAAAAGUGGCAUCGUGAUUUCUAAUAUAUAUUAACAUAUAUAUAAUAUGUCUAUUUACUAGUAUCAGUCUAGUGGUUAUCGUAAAUAAACUUAAAAAAAAUAAACGAUGGUUUAAAUGUUACAGAAAUGAAUAAAAUAUAAUAUUCAAUUACAUGUGAUAAUUAUUAAUAUCGCGCAUCCUGUACAGUAUCCAUCUCAUUCAUCAAUCAUCUACUCUAUAAAUAAAAUAAUAAAUGAUAAAUAUUGUAAUUUAAUAAUAUUAUUAUUAUUUAAGUAAUUAAUUAAUUAAUAAUUAUAAGAAUAAUAUAAUCGUAUACUUUUAUCUUGUGUCUGUAAUAUGUAGACACGAUGAUACGAGAGAGAGAGAGAGAGAGGGAGAGAAAGUGUGUGGAUGUUAAUUGUAUGAGUCGGGGCUAUUUGAAUUGGCAAGUAAAUAAAAAGCGAGAGGUUAAUUAAGUGGAUAAGAAUUUAAAAAAUUGAUUGAUUAUUUUAAAAAAAAUUUUUUUUUGAGACUGACUGGCUUAUUGGCCCUCCAGUUUGCAAUUACCGUACCUUUAUAUCAUGUAUCGUGUCGAUAGAUGAAUCAUUUAAAUUUAAAAAAUAAAAAAAAUAUAAACAGGAGUAAUUAAUCUUCUAAAUGUCCUUUAGAUGAAUUUAGAAUAUUAGUUUUUAGUAAUUGCAUAAUUAAUUAAUUAAAUUGUUAAUUAAUUAUGCAAGUGUGUGAGAUAUUUUAUGGUCAACUCAGAUAACAACAUUGUAAAUAUUAAAUAUUUUAAGUGGUAAUUAUUUAGGAAUUUAAAAAUACAUUCGAGUUGGAGAAAAAAAAAUUUGGCGGUAAAUUUCCUAAAGAUUUAAAAUAUAAUAUUAAUUAAUAAUAAUAAUUAUAACGAUAAUAAUUAUAAUAAUAAUAUUAAAUAAUUAAUAAUAAUAAUAAUAAUUUUGAAAAAUUGAGUUAUUCAAAAUCGUGGCUAAAAAAUAUAAAUUUUAAUAAUA